ACGAGCGCCCUCGCAGUGCGAUAAACAUGGCGCCCGGCCUCGAAGCUGGGGCUGAGCUCACGGACAAAUCAGCAAGCAUUUGCUAGACCAUGACUCAGUGGCUUAAAUUUCCCCCGUUUCUUCUGCCUUGCGGCCCUUUAAAAGACGUGCUGCAAGCUUGGACAGUUAAUCGGCUGCCCGCUGCAGCCUGAUCACCCUGAAUGGCUGAAGGCAAGGCAUCAGACUUCUGAACCAAUUUGCAGCAGGGUAUGGCGUCCUCCCCGUUGGUCCUGCGGGUGAAAAGCGCUCAGGGCCAGUUCCGGCUGGACACUCUGAACGUCGACAGCACGGUGGAGGAGCUGCUGGGCUGCCUGUUCAGCUUGACAGGUGUGCCACCGGCCUCAAUGCGCCUGCUGCUGUCGGAUGCCCCUCCGCGACCCUUGGACUGUGCUGACCCGCAGCGCCGCCUCGACGCGCUGCCCCUCCGGUCCGGUGACACACUCAUUGUCGAGGCUCGUCGUGAACAACCCGCUGCAACCGCAGCAACGCCCAAAAAGAAAAAGGAGCACCACAAGGAGCACAAAAUGCUGCCACCGCACAACAAGCCAGAGCAGAAGGAGAACAAAGACUCUGAGGAGGAGCCACUGCCGGGCGUUCUGGUCAAGCGUCCUGUGCCGGCGGACAAUUCCUGCCUCUUCACCAGCGUGUACUUGGCCCUCUCGGGUGGCGAGUAUGAUUCAGGCGCCAGUGCUGCCCUACGCCAGGUGAUUGCCGACAGUGUGGCGGCCGACCGAGAGACGUACACGGAAGCGUUCCUGGGGCGUCCAAACCGCGAGUACUGCACGUGGAUCCUGAAUGAGGAGCACUGGGGUGGUGCCAUUGAGCUAUCAGUGCUGAGCCGCCACUACAACGUUGAGAUGGUUGCGGUAGACGCACAAAGUGGCCGGCUGCACCGUUUUGGUGCUGACAAGGGUUUCGACCAGCGGCUGCUGCUUCUCUACGACGGCAUCCACUACGACCCGCUGGUACUUGAACCACUAGAACCGGGCCGGCCCGUGCGUACGCUCUUCUCGACCCGCGAGGAGGCGCUGCUGGCGCUGGCGCUUGAGCUGGCACAGGAGGCCAAGGCCAGUCGCCAGUACACUGACGUGCGCAACUUCACGCUGCGCUGCCUCGUAUGCGACGUCGGACUCGUGGGCCAGGAAGCGGCGCGCCGGCAUGCCCAGGACACCGGCCAUAGCAGCUACGGGGAGGUUUGAUGGUUAAUCAUGCUGUUAGGCCCCUUUUGGUCGAAGAUCGAGUAGGGCCACCUGGGAGAGGUGCGAAGGGUGGCAUGAAAUUAUUGCAUGCGCCUGUUUCGGGCCACGUUAGGAGGCGUAUCAAAAACGACUGCAACCGGAUGUUUGUCCGAUGCACCUAAGAUUACGCACAGAAAAGUGGGAAAGGUGAUUGCAUCCAGUUGCUUGCUGGCUGGCCCCUCUACUGCUUGCUCGCAUGCACUGGUUCAGUAUAUAUAGAUCUCUUGUUCUUCAUGCACUUUAUAUAUGUAGAGAAGGCAAUUGUCGCAACUUCAUUUUGCUGCCGGCUGUUGCGGACCCGGUUUUACUCUUUACUUACCGUGCGCACUUGCGGGACCAUCCCGGUCAUAGUGCUCAUGUGGGAUGAUUGUUUGCGAAAUUUUACCGGUGCGGGUAUCUGCGGCAAUAGCGGCUGUGGCGCUCCUGAAUAAGAGAAUAAAUUGAAAAAUUUUUUUUCGCGA